AUGCCGGUUUUCGUUCUCAAGGUCAAGUGCGAGCUCGACAAUGUUGCCUCGAUGCAAGCGGACGAGAACAACAAGUGGAUCCUGACCAUGCAGAGUCCGGACGCGGGGGAACGACGGGAGCACGUAGAGGUCACUAAAGCAAGAAACGAAGAGUUGGACGGAAGCAGGGGGACCGCCAAUUUUGUUGUGAAGUGGCAGGGGGCCAAGAAGCAGGCCACAGCGAAUAUCGUGGAAAUCAAGAAGGUGACCACCCAGGGACUGAUCAAGGGGGACCAGUCGGGAGAAUUUGUGCCGAUUUUCGCGUUGGAUUGCAGGGGACUGGAACCCAUAGAGUGGCACCCGUCGACAGACUUCGCGGUGACCAGCGAGGGCGGCACGGUCUACGCCAGCGACGGGGUGGAUCUGAGCGAGGAAGAUUGGUCGGACUACUGCGAGAAGAGCGCGGCGCCGAUUAGCAUCAUGGAGAUCGAGCACAAGUUCGAGUUCGAGACACAGCGUCGCUAUGAUGUGUCCAGCGGGAAGGCGGGGUCGUGA